AUGCUAAGUUUAAAGAUAAGAAUAUUGGAUGUAUAUCAGACAUAUUACGAGGCUUUAUUUCGGGAUACCGUAGCUGUUGGAGACAAGGCUAAGGUACCUUGCGAAUUUGGCGACGGUAGCACUCUAGAUGAUGUAUAUUCUAGUAAGAAAAAGAGGGGAAAGAAGUUAACUCCCAGGCGUGACAACAAAAGAAAAUUUGAAAGAAAAAGUGAAGGAAAAAGUAUGGUAAGCUCGUCAUAUGAAGAGAAACUGGACACUGUUUUUGAUGUUUUGUUAACAAGGAGCACUCAGCCCUCAAGACAAACCACACACUCACCGAAAACAGAAGAUUGCAUGGCAAUUGUGUCUACUUUCCCAGAUUUUGUAGAAGGCUCAAUAGGAUAUUUGGAAGCGUUAGAGGUCUUUUUAAAGAAGCCAGCUCGUCAUAAUUUUUUGGUUCCAAAGACUAAUGAAACAAAGAUGGAGUUUCUCAAGAGGCUUAUAGAGAAAGAGAAGUAG